AUGUUCCGCGCUCGGCCAAAACCGUAUUCCGUCCGACUGAAGUCUCGGCCAAAGUCAAACCACUCGGCCGAUCACACACGACCCGGGAAACAUUGUCCCGCGGUCGGCCAAGCCAACGCUUCACGCCACUCCGCGCACGACCAACGCGCGAGCCGGGAAACAAGCCUCGCGGCCGCGCAACCCGUUCCGCGUACCACGGCCGAUGCAUCCGUCCGAGCCGGGAAGAACGUCCCACGUCCGGCCGAGAAACCAUCGGCCAAAUCUUCUCCGCCGACCAGCCGGCCGACCAUGAAACAUCCGGCCCGACCGUUCCGACUCGGCCAAAGACCCGACUGUCCGGCCGACCGUCCCGACCGACCGUCCGAACGCCGCGGUCGACCCGAAGCCGUUUUUGAAGCCCAAUCCGCACAAUUCAAGCCCAAAGCCGGCGCCGACCUAGCUAGAUUAGGUUUAGCCGCUUUUAUACUUAGAGCAUUAUAA